AUGCGGACAACCACCACUGAAGCAACCAUUUCAUACCGGCAGGAACUGUUUUGCAGAUUCGGAUUCCCCGAGACUUUAGUGUCUGACAACGGCACUCAGUUCACUUCUGCAGAUUUCCAGGAGUACCUGCAGCGAGUAGGAACUAGACACGUGAGAACAGCUCCGUAUCAUCCCAUCAGCAACGGUCUGGCAGAACGUUUCGUCCAGAUGCUGAAGGGUGCACUUCGGAAGUCCAGCCGACCCACAUCACCGUCGGAGCUCGCAGACUUCCUCCUGUCGUACCGCAACACUCCGCAAGCGACUACUACAGAGGCACCCUCCCUUUUGCUGUUGGGUAGGCGCCUCAGGACUAGGCUAGACCUCGUCAGUCCCUCCGUUGAGGAGCGGGUCGCCCGCAAACAGUUUCAGGACACCAGUCGCUGCAGGCACCGUGCAACUACGUUCAGCGAAGGAGACUUCGUACGGGUCAGCAAUUUUCGCCGCGGACCGAGGUGGUUCAGCUCUACCGUUCUCGCCCGCACCGGUCCAUUGUCGUAUUGUGUUAGUGUUGUGACCGCCCGGGGUGUGUGCGAGUGGGUGCGUCAUCCCAACCACAUCGUACGCGCUCCUGACUCUGACGACACGGUGAUCACAGCCACCGACUUUCAAGAUGAAGACCACGUCACUGCUGGCAUAGGCGCUGGCAGCACCACCGAGCCUGUGGAACAGCCAUCGACACUCAUGGAAGCCGCCGAGCAGGGUCGCCGCUACCCACUACGUCAGCGCAGACCUCCCGACCGCUACGGCACCUAA